AUGGCACAUAUAUCAUCUGGAGUUCGUAAUUAUUUCAAAUUAGAACUACUGAUUGCAAGUUCUUGUAUUUCACUUCGUCAAUUAUUUAAAAAUCGUUAUUCACUAUUCAAUAAUGGUCAAGUUUGGGAUAAUUCAUCUACAUGUGGAAAUAAUUAUUUAAAAGUUAUUACGAAAUAUAAGAAUCUUAGUUUAACAGGUACACAAAAAACAUCUGUUUCCAAUGGAAAUUCUGAUGAAUGGGAUGUAACAACUUUUAUGAAUCUUCUAUUAUAUAUUGAUCGUCCAAAACCUUUGAAUACAACUGAAAUACAACAACUUGACGAAGAAGAUAAACUUUUGAAACAAUUAAAAGAUAUUCGAAAUAAAUUAGUUCAUCAUUCAACAAAAUCUGUUGAUGAUGUAGAAUUCAAUCAAUUAUGGACUGAUUUAUCAGCAAUCUUAGUAACAUUUGGUAGUACUGAAAGUGAGUUAGAUAAACUAAAGGAUGAUAGUAUCUUUGAAUCACCAAAACAACCAAUUAAUGAACAAAAUGUGAAAGAAGCUUCACAUUUAAACUCACUUGGUACAAAAGCUCAUAAAGAUAGAAAGUAUUUGGAAGCUAUUACAUUGUUUAUGAAGGCAAUCGUUUUAGCCGGUGUUUCAAAUCAUAAUCGUGCUAUUUUUUAUUCAAAUUUAGCUGCGAGUCGUUUAUCAUUAUAUGAACAAGAGACAACUACUUUUAUGAAUUUUGAAAUCAAUGGUUCAACAGAUGAACGAUAUCGCGCAUUAAAAGAUGCUAAACAAGCAAGAAAUCUUUGGCCAACAUGGUGGAGAGGACAUUUUCGUGUUGGAAAAGUCUAUGCUGCUUUAAAUGAAUAUGAAAAAGCAAUUAAUUCAUUCGAACGAGCAUUUGCACUUGACCCUAUGAAAAAGGAAAUUCAAGAAGCGUUGGAUGAUAGUCGACAAAUACUUAGUCAACAAUCUCGACAUGAACAUCUUGACCCAGAAUGGAGUCCAAAAACAAUUCCUGAAUAUUUGAAUGAUCUCAAACAAAAAUUUGGUGUAGAGCCAGAAGAGGCUCGAAUAGGCCAUAGUUUAGCCGGAUUAAUAUAUCCAUCAGGAGCUGAUGUGAUAGAAGGACUUAAAUAUGUACAUGGAGAUAUUGGUAUUAAACAAGAUUAUGCACAAGCUGCAAAAUAUUUUGCUAAAGCAGCCAGACAAAGCAACGCUGAAGGAAUUUGUAAUUUAGCUUUAUUAACAGAUCGUGGCUUAGGUGUAAAGAAAGAUCAUAAUCUGGCCUUUAAACUGUAUGAACAAGCAGCCACACAACCGCUACAGCAUCCUGUUUUGAAAAACGAGCGAAACUUUGGCGUAGCUGAAGCUGAACAUACUUUAGGACUUAAGUAUGCUGACGGUAUUACUGUUCACAAGAAUUUAUUAAUUGCUGCUCACUACUUUCAACGUGCUAUUGAUCAUGGCUUACCUGACUCUGCCAACAAUUUAGGUCUAAUGUAUCACGAUGGCCUUGGUGUUGAUAAAGAUCUUGCAAAAGCUGAACAGCUUUUCCAGUUGGCAGCGAAAAAUGGAAACUCAGGUUCUAUGUUGAGUUUAGCAAAAGUUUUGUUGGACAGAAAUGAUUUACAAAUGUCAAAAAUUUGGUUUGAUCGAGCGUGUGAUGCAGGAAAUAUUCAGGCUCAAAGUAAUCGUUCUACAUUUGAAAAAAUUUUAGAAGAAAAACAAAAAUUCAUCGGUUCUUCUUCACCGAAUAUUUUAAAAGUGAUGGACGAAAUUACAAAUAUCAUUGAUUUUAUGAAUGUAAAUCCAACCUCAUGUGAAUCAUUUGAUCAAACUAUUUAUGAUUAUAAUAUAUUAAACGAUUAUGCUAAUCGUGGUUCAAAAACAGCUAGAAAACUUUGCAAUGCUUUAGAACAUUUUCAACAAGCGUUUAAAAUACUUAUGGAAUCUGAUAGUUUAACAGAAGAACAAGAAAAUACAUUUGUUCAUGAACUUUCGCAAUGUUAUCGAAUCGAACAAAUAGUCGCUCAAUAUUCUGGGAUGGAAAUUCGUCAAAAAAUUGUAAAAAUAGUCGAGGGAGUACUUUAUCGAUGUAAAACACAGUCAAUUCAUAUUAAUUCACAACUGGAUGAAGAUGCGAGAAAUUGCUAUGCUACAUUGCAUCUGGAUUCAUAUGAAUUAAUUCUUAAAUUCCUUGAUUUAUGUAAACAAAACUAUCCGAAAUCAGCUCGGUUUUUUGAAUUAAGCGCCUCAGCCAAUGGUUUUUUAAAACGAUUUGAAGCUGCUCUUUAUGAGACUAAUCAAGGAUUAGAAAUAGAUCCGAACAAUGAUGAACUUUUAUAUUUUAAAGCUGUUGCAUUACGUUUGAUGGAUCACCAUAGGAAUGAAGCUAUCGAAGCAUAUCAGAAAUUUCUUGAAGUUGCACCUAACGAUCAUCGAUACAUACCAGAAUCAUUUUAUGAAAUGGCUACUUGUUAUUUGAAACAUAAUAUGUCUCUUGAUGAAGAAAAUAUUAUCAAAAAUUUAUACCGACAAGGUGAAGAGGCAGAAAAAUUACAAUUACCAUGUUUUUUACCUUACAAAUCAACAAGUAAAACCUUGUUAAAAUUUAGACUUUAUAAUGAAUCUUUACCAAAUACAAAAACAAUUCCUGAUAAUAAUCCUAAACUGCGUCUUACUGAUCCUCAUAGAGUCGAAGUGAUUACACAUCACCGUGAAUGGGAGAGUCAACUAUCAAAAGCUAAAAGUAAUGAGAAUACUUUUAUUAUUCCUAAAACUCAUCAACCAUCAGUUAAACAGCCAACAGUUAAAUCAUUAAUUGGUUUGAAACCAAUUACAUUAAGAGAAAUGAAUCCAGCAAAGAAUCAUGUUUAUAAUGGAUAUGUUCUUUCUGUAACAAUCAUUGAAAAAGCAUAUUCAUCGAUUCCAUCAAUUCAAAUCAUAAUCGAAGAUGAAAAUCUUGAUUGUCAACGAAUGUAUAUUUAUGGUUUUCCUGAAGAACAAAGCGAAUAUUUAAUUAAUAAGGUUUACACAAAUGGAAGAAAAAUGCUUAUUAUCAAUCCAUAUUUACGAAUAGGAGCAAAAGAUAGAAAACCAUCAAUUCGUGUUGAUGAUUUUUCAUCGAUUACAAUGCUAAAUGAAUCUGAACGAAUAAUUAAUAUGUGUCGAUGUUGUGGAAAAGCAAAUUCAUCUCAUGUUUGUAGUCAAUGUAAACAAGCUUAUUAUUGUAGUAAAGAAUGUCAAAUCAUGGAUUGGAAGUUAUAUAAACAUAAACUUAUAUGUCAAAUAGAAUAA